CAUACAUCUUUGCGCAUACACAUGCUUUGAAAGUUUUUUGAGAUUUCGUAGUUCUGUUUAUUUAAGUUGUGAUAAAUGAAUUAAAAAUGGAGGAUAAUGAAAAUGUCAACCAAAUAACGGAAAACCAACGAGCGAGCUACAAGGCCAAAGAUGAAAAAAACAAAAAAGACACCAAAGACUCAAACGCAAGCAUUUUUCUCCUAAUUUGUAUAAUCGGCGUGUCUUUAGGCAUCUUAUUAGAAAUACUAAACAUUCAAAAUAGAUCGUGCAAAGAUGAAGCAAAUAAGACUGUCAACAGAUACUGGGUGUAUUCUGCCUACAGCGACGUUGAAAAUAGAAACGGUCUUCUCAAACACGUGCAUUUAGUUCUAGAAAGAAUUGGUUACGAAAAAAGCACGAAUCAAACCCCAUGGGACCUCCUUUGGUCCCACGAUUACCCAUUCAGAGUGUUAUAUCCCAAUUUACACAAAUUAAAGCCACAUCAGAAGGUGAACCACUUUCCUGGCACAGGUUUUAUAACCAACAAAGUAGAUCUAGCGACCACAGACUAUAAAUAUAUCCCGAAAGCUUUCAAACUGCCACUGAGCAAAGAAGACUUUUUAAAAUAUGCAGCUGAAAACAAAAACGCGUUAUUUGUAGAAAAACAUAACCAACACAGACAAGUGUAUUUGAAAAAUGUGAGUGAAAUUGACUUGUCAAAUGGGGAAAGUUUCGUGCAGGAGUAUGUGCAGAAACCGUUCUUGGUGGAUGGACACAAGUUCGAUAUUGGUGUGUACGUGGUGCUGACAUCGGUGAAUCCUUUGAGGGUGUAUUGGUACAAAGGAGAUGUUCUGUUCCGAUACUGCCCCGCAAAGUACCACCCCUUCGACCCGUCAGUGCUGGAUAAGUACGUGAUCGGUGACGAUUACCUGCCGACGUGGAAGGUGCCUUCGCUGGCUCACAGCUACACUGAGCUUGGGUUCAGCAUGAAGGAUGCUUUCGACAUCUAUGCCACGUCUAAGGGCAAGGAUCCUGCAAGGAUGUGGGAGGAUGUUCAGGAGGCUAUCGCGGGCGUAUUUCAGCUGAAGGAAAAGCAUGUCAUUGAAGCUCUAAAAAGCUACCCAUCCGGCGACAACUUUUUCGAGCUGAUGCGCGUAGACCUGGUGGUCGAUGAAGACCUGAAGGUGUACCUGUUGGAAGCCAACAUGUCUCCCAACCUGAGCUCGGCGCACUACCCGCCCAACCAGCUGCUGUACGAGCAAGUGCUGUACAACUUGCUCGCGCUAGCCGGAGUUGAGCGGCUCAAGUCUAAUCAAACUGAUGCCAGAGAGCAAGCAGCAGCCAAGAACAUGGUAUCAUCAGACAAGAAUAUAGCAGCCUGGGGCAAGGAGUGCGACACUUACUGCAGAGACAACUGCGAGGGUUCCCUUCUCAUCUGCAGACUUUGUAGACCUUGUAUCACCAGACACUUGAGGCAAAGUCUGUUGAGGGCUCAUAGGGAGCACCUACAUAAAGGAGAUUUUAGAAGAUUGCACCCUCCAGCGAUGAAACCAGGAGCACAAGUGGACUACAAGUACAUGGAAAUCCUGAGUGAAGCUAACAAGCUACAGCAUCUGUGGUAUCAAGGGAAAUGCGACAUAGACACAACUUGGUGCACAUAAAAUCAAUGUUACUUAAGCUAUUUAAUAAACUAACUCUUACAAAUUUUACAUGAUAUUUCAUACCCUGUAUAACUAGAGGUAUAUCACACUGUUGAAAAUAAAGUGAAAUGAAUUGAUAGUCUUAACAGAAA